ACGAUAAGAGUGAACUGACGAAGACGCAAUUGGGUUGAGAAGAAGAAGAGCGAAGGGUUAAAGUAAGAGACGAGCGUGGGAGAGGGCGCGAUUAUGUAUUUGAGGAAUUUUUUGGGAUGGGAUGGAGUGAAGUUAGCUCAGGCCAAGGUAACCUCCCAGCCAAGCCCACCUCAGUCAAGCCCAGUCCAGGUUGGACCGCGCCGAAGCGUAGCACAUCCCAGGCGCUGCAAUCCACGCACGCUCAGGUCACUUACAGGGAAGGUCCCUAGGCAGCUGCUAGUGGCUUCUGUUAGUGGCAGUCCCGUCGAAAUGGCGCGAACUGGGCUCAAGCGAGCUAAAAGGUUGGGAAUCCACAUCCACCAGGAAAAAACCUCGACACGACCAAGAGAAAGAAAAAAACAGGCCACAAUUGGUGGCAUUGAGUUGCAUGUCCACAGAACAACACGUUACCCACACCCAGAAAUCAGAAGCAAUUGUGCCCAAACGAAAUAAGACUGGGAUGAGUUUGUUGACUUUCCCCAGUGGCACAGCAGAGACAUCCAA